CUGUCACUGUCACUUAGUACUACAGUCAAACAAAAAUUGGUUGAUGCUCGUUUUACGAGUUUUAUUGAUUGUAUUAUAUAUUUCUAAUCAUAUUCAAAAUAAUGACGGAAAAUACUGCAAAACGAAAAUUGUCUGAAAAUGGGACAGACAUUUCUGAACCACCGCCGAAGACUAAGCAUAUUCAAUGCCCAUAUUUGGAUACAAUAAAUAGACAUGUGCUCGACUUUGACUUCGAAAAGCUAUGUUCUGUUUCACUGACCAGAAUUAAUGUAUAUGCUUGUUUAGUUUGUGGUAAAUAUUUCCAGGGAAGAGGAACCAACACACAUGCUUAUACACAUUCAGUGGCUGAUGGGCAUCAUGUUUUUCUCAACUUACAUACUUUGAAAUUCUACUGUUUACCAGAUAACUAUGAAGUUAUAGAUUCCUCAUUGAAUGACAUAAAAUAUGUCUUGAAUCCCAUCUUCACUGCUGAACAGAUAAAGCAACUGGACACUGCCACCAAGAUGUCUAGGGCUAUUGAUGGCACUAUGUACAUGCCUGGCAUUGUUGGCCUUAAUAACAUCAAAGCUAAUGACUAUUGCAAUGUCAUCCUUCAGUGUCUGUCUCAAGUGCGGCCCCUUCGUAACUACUUUUUACGUGAAGAAAACUAUGCAGAUGUGAAAAGGCCACCAGGAGAUUCGUCAUUCUUGCUGGUACAACGAUUUGGAGAACUCCUCAGGAAGCUGUGGAACCCGAGGGCUUUUAAAGCUCAUGUGUCACCUCAUGAAAUGUUGCAGGCUGUUGUGUUGUGGUCCAAGAAAAGGUUCCAAUUUAUAAAACAAAGUGAUCCAAUUGAUUUUAUGUCUUGGUUCCUCAACUCUCUUCAUAUGGCUCUGAAUGGAACUAAAAAACCAAACAGUUCGAUAAUUUAUAAAUCUUUUCUGGGACACAUGAGGAUCUAUACGAGAAAACUACCGCCUCCGGACGCCGACGACGCUGCCAAGGUGGACCUGACCAGCGAGGAGUACAACGAGAUGAUCACAGAGUCACCAUUCUUGUAUCUCACCUGCGACCUACCUCCGACACCUCUCUUCACCGAUGAGUUUAGAGAAAACAUCAUUCCUCAGGUAAAUCUUUAUCAGUUAUUAUCUAAAUUUAAUGGUCAAACAUCGAAGGAGUACAAAACUUACAAGGAGAACUUCUUGAAAAGGUUUGAAAUAACGCAACUCCCGCCGUAUCUGAUAUUGUAUAUCAAAAGAUUUACAAAGAAUACAUUCUUUGUUGAGAAGAAUCCUACUGUGGUGAACUUUCCUGUCAAGAAUGUCGACUUCGGUGAUAUACUUACGCCGGAAGUGAAGGCCAAGCAUAAAGGGCAGACAAUAUAUGAACUGGUCGGCAAUAUCGUCCAUGAUGGCACUCCAGAGAAGGGUACAUACAGGGCGCAUGUCCUGCAUAAACCAACACAGCAAUGGUAUGAGAUGCAGGAUCUACAUGUCACCAGUAUCCUGCCACAGAUGAUUACUCUCACUGAAGCUUACAUUCAGAUAUAUGAAUUGAAACAGGAUUGAUAUUAGAUCUACUAAAUAAAAUAAGUAAAUAUCUUAA